UCUGCACGGGCGCAGUACCUACUCUCUGCCUGCGGGGGUCGUCUUUCCCCACCGCUCGUCUAGUGUGUCCGAAUUGGGCCAACGUUUUUAGUAUGUAGGAGUAGGAUCUAGCAGUAGCACGUAGCAGUAGCAUGUAGUAUCCGAGCGGGCAGUUCGGACGCAGCACGUGUGUCAUCAGCCAGGCACCGGUGGCGUGGGUCUCCCUUGUCAAAGUGGGAACAACUUCUUCUGUCUCAACAAUUCAAUAUAAACCACAUUGACACUCGAGUCAAAAUGACGGUAGGUGUAUUUCUGUAUUUAUUAUUUGUUGUUAAUGACUCGUGCUUGUUUAAGUCAGCCGUUACAUUAUAUCCUGUAAACUUAGUGUAGCUGUUAGCCAGUUAGCUAACGUGAGCUAGUGAACGAGGCAGCUGCAGAAAAAUCCAGAGCAGAUGGACCUGAAAUCACAGCAGUUUUCUUCAUAAACAAAGUUUAUUUUUUACUCCUGAUCCAAGUUACUGAAUAGUCUGAAUUAUGUAUUGGGUAACUGAGCUGAACUGACUCCAUAAUGUGUUUGUUUUUCUGUUCUGUGUUGUGUUGCAGGAAAGGAAGGGAACAGCAAAGUUGGAUUUUUUGAGAAAGAUAGAGCAGGACAUCCAGGAGAAAUGGGAGAAGGAGAAGACUUUUGAGCUGGAUGCACCGUCAACAAUUGGGGAAAGUAGCAAGUGAGUAUCUUCACAGAAGCUGUCCAUAUUAUUGUUAUUAUUAUUUAUUAUUAUAACCUUUAUUUAACCAGGUUUGUCCCAUUGAGAUCCAAGAUCUCUUUUGCAAGAGAGACCUGGACAAGAAUGGCAGCACAUACAGUUUUAAUACAUAAUCACAUUAAUCAAUCAACAAAUCAGUCUUUAUUUAUAUAGCACUUUUCAUACACAACCAUGUAGCACAAAAUACUUUACACAGGAAAAGGGAUGAAAGUAACAAAAAAUUACCCAAAUCUACCCCAGCCCAACCCCUCAUUCCCACCCCACCAUCUAAAUGCAACAGAAACAGAAUUAAAAUGCAUAAACUAAAAAGGGCUUGAUUUUGUGGAAACAGGAAUGUGUGCACUGAGGAAACACCAUUUUAAAACUCAAGAUAAGGAAACACUGGGGGUUUAGGUUAAAAUCUAAGAACAAAGUAACAGGAUUAAAUUUAAGAAAUAAUAAUAAAAUGAAAUAAAAACAACAGUAAAAGAUACUACAAUAAGAGCACCAAAAUAGCUCAAUAAAAGAGGAUCCUGUCAUUAAAACUAAAAAGUGAUAAAUCCUUAAACACUCAAACAAUGUAAAUGAUGUAAAAUUUAGCUAAAAGCAAGACUGAAAAGGUACGUUUUGAGUUGCUUUUAAAAUCAUUAAGAUUAGGUGCAGUCCUCAGGUCUUCAGGUAAACUGUUCCGUAGACGGGGGCUGUAGUAAAAAUAGCCUCACUGUAAGUUUUGGUUUUAACUUUAGGUAAUGUUAACAGAGAACUUCCUGAAGACCUGAGGACUCUACCUGGCUCAUAAAACCAUAUAGAAUACAAAGAGUACAAGUGAUCAUCAAUCAAGAAACCCAGAUAAUAUAGAAAAUAUUUUAUACAGGAAUGUGUCUGCAGAUGUGCUUUCUUUUGCUGAUCCAGGAACCCAUUUAAAAAACAGAAAACUGUGGGUAUAUCUCUGAGUUUAAGUUGUCUGGUGCAAUAAUAUAUAUAUUUUUUGUGUUUGUUUGUGUACUUCCCAGCAAAAACAAGUACUUUGUCACCUUCCCCUACCCUUACAUGAAUGGCCGGUUGCACCUUGGCCACACGUUCAGCCUGUCAAAGUGUGAGGUAUGUUUUCACGCCAAACCAGACACAUAUGGAGGAAUUAACUUCUUUGUGCUUUCCUCAUGACAAAUGUUUACCAUAUGACUUCCUUUAUCUUUCAGUUCGCUGUUGGUUACCAGGCUCUGAAAGGGAAGAAAUGCCUUUUUCCAUUUGGACUUCACUGCACAGGAAUGCCAAUCAAAGUAGGUGUACAGUUUGACUGACACGAAGAUGUUGGAGGCAAAUGAUGCCACAAAGAUAGUGCACGUUAUAUUUGAUCUAUUUUUGAAUAUCAAAAUGCUACACAGUUAAAAUAAACAAAGAAGUGUUAUCAAUAAAGCAGAAUUGCAGUACUGAGUAGUUAAUUCCUAACUGUACCGGCUCUAUUUUCCUUCCCUCUGGUAAUGCACACAUAUUGUGUCCCACAGGCAUGUGCAGACAAGCUGAAGAGAGAGAUGGAGCUGUAUGGAAACCCUCCACAGUUUCCAGAUGAAGAUGAAGAAGAGAAGGAGAAGGAGAAGCUGAAGACGGUUUCUGAUGAAAUCAUCAUCAAAGACAAAGCAAAGGGCAAGAAGGUUUGAGCAUACUGAUGGCUUCCACCACAGAGGGAAGCAAACACACUGAAUUUAAGUGGCUUCAUCUUAGAUCAGAAAUCAGAGUGUUAAUCUCUCUUCUUAAUUCUUCUGUUAGAGUAAAGCAGUGGCCAAAGCUGGAUCCUCAACCUUCCAGUGGGACAUCAUGAAGUCUUUGGGCCUGACUGAUCAGGAAAUUUCCAGGUUUGCUGACGCUGAACACUGGCUGGAGUAUUUCCCCCCUUUGGCUGUCAAAGACCUGAAACAGAUGGGAGUCAAGGUGACACUUGGGAAUGAAAGGGCACUGGUUUUAUGCAUUUGUCUCUGUCUGUUAGACUCCUGUAUACAAUGAAAAAUGACAAAUCUGUGCUUUGAUUUAGAGUAUCUUAAGGGUGCAGUAAUCUUAACUCGUCAGCCUUUGUGAGGUGUGACAGACUGGUUUAUUUCAGUAUCUGUGAUGAGUGUUAUAUUUCCCAUAACCCCAGUGGUACACUCAUUUUAAUUUUUUUGUUGGAUAACUUGAAACUACAGGUAAAUAUUUGCCUUGAGGGGAAAAAAAAGUCAUUCAUUUCAGUCCAUCAUGUUUUUCUGACUUCUUAGGUGGACUGGAGACGUUCCUUCAUCACCACGGACGUGAACCCCUUUUAUGACUCUUUCGUCAGAUGGCAGUUUGUCACGCUGAAGGAGAGAAAAAAGAUCAAGUUUGGCAAAAGGUGAGAUGACCUACAAGUGUGUAUGCAGCCUUUUAGCUUGCCUGAAUCAUAAAUCUGCAUCAAAGAUAUCACUCCAGAGAGAAGAAGAGAUCUCAAGUAGAUGUAACCCUUCAGACUGAGGGAGUUUAAUCCAAUGAUGAUGCAAUGAUUGCUCUGUAAUGUAGUCUGACUGUUUAAAUUCCCCUGCAGGUACACCAUCUACUCCCCAAAGGACGGACAACCAUGCAUGGACCAUGACAGGCAGACAGGAGAGGUUCGUGAUUAAAUGUGAUUGAAGCUCCUGUGAGGAGUUCAUGUUGAUGCCUCUAUACAACAAGACCGUCAGCAACAUGAUUUAAGAUUUUUACAUUCCUCACUGGAGCUUAAAUUGUAUAUUCUUUAAAGGCACAGUCACACCACACCACUGUGUCAAGAAGUGUUCCCAGUGUUAUUUUUCUCUAUUGUGCUUCACUCUCUGAAUACGCCUUUUGACUUUAUCUGUAGGGAGUUGGACCUCAGGAGUACACUCUCAUCAAAAUGAAGAUGGUUGAACCAUACACAGCAAAAUUCAAAUCCAAGGUCUUCUACAGCAGGUAACAGACUGGCUUUUAUAAGUAAAUCUCACAAAAUAUCAGUGAAAGAAAGUCAAACCAACGGUGUCCUCCCCUCAGCGGCAUGAAAGGCAAGAACAUCUUCCUCGUCGCUGCCACUCUGAGACCAGAGACCAUGUUUGGACAGACCAACUGCUGGGUGAGACCGGAUAUGAAGUAUGUGGCCUUCGAGACCAGUAGUGGAGACAUCUUCAUCUGCACCAGUAGAUCUGCCAGGAACAUGUCGUACCAGGGCUUCACCAAAGAGAACGGAGUAGUGCCGGUGGUCAUGGAAAUACUUGGACAGGUGUGAACCUUUUAGAUGUUUGUGCUAGGGCUGCACAAUUAAUUGAUUUUCCUCUCAAUCAUGUCUCGCGCCUCCAGGCCACCGUAGGCUCCCUCUUACUGAGGGAGCGCUCCCCAGUUCCCACACACACCAGUGUAAACAAACAUGACGUUCGCAAAAGAAGGCGAUAAUUUUGUGGCUAAAUAGGUCAAGAGCGAGUCAGUCAUGUGGAAUUGGUACAGAGCAAACCACAUGAAAGAGCAAACCACUCCCCACUGGAAAGUCUGACUGAAGGCGGUAUCAACCGGUCCACACAGAAACAAAUUCAUGAGUAAAUGCAAACGUUUUUUGUUGUAUCGGUGUUUCGUCCACACAGACACGGAAAAACGGAAACUGUAAAUAGUACUAUUUGAAAGCGGGAGAGUGUAUAAAUGCGUAAACAACUACAUUUCAUCUCCGUGUGGAUGUCUAUCUGCAUCUCUGGAAAAGAUCAUGUGACACACAGCAUAACUCUAAUGACGCCCAUGCUUGUCCGGCCAAAACAACCUUUAUACGCAUACUCUGUACUCUUCUACUGUCUUUUCUGCAAUUCCUGUGCAGCCUUACAGCACCACUUACUGGCUUGGCAUAUUCACUCCAUCAUUUUUAGUGUUUUCGUUUUGAGAGAUGAUAGAAAAACUUUUUAUUUUUAGAGAGAAAAUUUGGUGAAGUUGUCACUGAAUGAAAAAUCCAAAUCAAAAAUCGAGUUUUAGAGGAAAAAAAUUGGGAUUUUAUUGUGGCUGAAAUCGUGUUGCCCUAGUUUGUGCACAUGUACAUCCCAUGCUGUAAUGUUAGUCCCAUGUCUGCUCCACCAUCACAGCUUUAUCAUUUUUUUGUCAUCUUCUCCUAGGACAUCCUCGGCUGUGCCCUCAGCGCCCCUCUCACCUCCUAUAAGAUCAUCUACGCUCUGCCUAUGCUCACCAUCAAAGAGGACAAAGGUAAAGCUGUCGAAAACAGGAGCGGUUUAUUCAGGGGUCAUGCUUUCUAUUUUAAAUGUAUCUCUAAAGGCAGAAAUUUCUCGCAGUAGUUAAAGCGUUCCCCUAUGAGUUGAUGCACCUUAUUUUCUCUUCUUCUUGAACCUGAGUGAAAAGUAUCUGGCAGUUGGUGAGGAGUUUUUUUAUUUUUUAGAUCCACACACGCCUCAAAUCAAGAUAAUAUAUUCCAGCUCUCGUUGCUCUGGGUAUUACUCCCGGCCAGACAGUCUGCACUAAGCUUUAUCUUCUAUUUAUCCUUCAUCUCUCGUUCCUCCUUGUCUUAGAUAUACAUGGAGGGUUUAUAGGAGAAUAGCGGGGAGUCCCAAAAUAGCUGGCCGAGGUCAGCCUUUUAGAAAAGUGUGGCUCAGUGACGUCAAAAGAUUAAAAUACUGGCUGCUGUUUUGCCUCAAGGGAGAGCAUUUGUAAUUGUUUGAAAUAGAUUUAAAUGCACUCCUCUGUUCUCAAAGGAGUAUGAACCAUCGAUUAUUUUCGACCGGUUUUUCUCAGGUGUGUAAAUUUGUCUAAGUUUUUAUCUGUCUUGUGAUGCUGUUUUUUUGUAAACAGUUUUAAUUGGUGUUUUGAAUGACAAGCAAAUCACCAGAGCACAGUGUAUCCUCAGGAGAGAUUAAUCCAGCACAGUUUAAAACUUUCCUCAUCACUCAUUGUUCCCUCUUCCCAUUUUGUCUAUCCUCUCACAGUUUAGUUAAUUUUGCUCGUGAUAACACCUUGAUGUGAAACAAAGCUCCCACUGUCAAUGAAAAAAUGCAGCCUCAUUUGCAUGUGUUGAUUUUUAUGCCGUUUCUGCGUUUUCUGCAGGUACGGGGGUCGUCACCAGUGUACCGUCUGAUGCUCCUGAUGACAUCGCUGCUCUCAGAGAUAUCAAGAAGAAACAGGUGAGGUGACAGACCUUAAAUAAACAGCUCAGUCUGAGUGUUUUCAUACUUCAGAUGCAGUUUGCUUCAUAUCUGAAACAUCGAAUGGAAUUUAAAAAACUCAAUAUUUGAAAAUGUUUGAACAGAGAGCGCUUUUAAAGUAGUCUGCGGUGCCGACGCCCACACUGAUAAAGCUUCUUGUAUUCGAGAAGUAAACAUCGAUUGUUUAAGCUUGCUUAUUUAUCCUCCUCUUAAUUUUGCUUUUUCAAAAGGCUCUGCGGGAGAAAUAUGGAAUUGAAGACAAGAUGGUGUUGCCUUUCGAGCCGGUAAGCUGCUCUACCCCAAUCAGAGUCUAUUCAGACUUCAACAGUUCUUUAAAAACCACUCCCCCCCGUGAGUGUAUCAGCAUGUGUUUGCACUCUUCAGGUCCCAAUCAUAGAGAUCCCAGGAUUUGGAAAUCUCUCUGCUCCUCUGGUGUGUGAUGAGCUGAAGAUCCAGAGCCAGAACGACAAGGAGAAGCUGGCCGAGGCCAAGGAGAAGGUCUACUUGAAGGGGUUUUAUGAAGGGGUGAGUAAGAUUAAUGGUUAAAAAAGAAAAGCUACAUAGUUCAGCCGAAUGCAGAUCCUCUAAAGCCCCCCCUGUGGAUUUAAUAUUAAGGUUUGAUGCUUGUACAGUUUAUCUUGAAGCCACAAACUGAGCGAUUCAAAGCUCAAGGCUGGACUCAAUUAUUUAUAAACCGGCUAUCGGCCACAUGUUGGCCUUCGCCGUUGUUCCCCGCUGAAAAGCUGUGAUUGUGAGCCGCAUGAAUUUGUACCUAAUAACUAAAACGAAAAUGUGGCUGAGGUGUUUCACUAUUAUUUAUGUUUUGGAUUUGUAAGUCUCUUUUUCUUGCAUCGAUCAUGCCACCUUUACAAACUUAGCUGUUUUCACUCUCAGCUUACCUAACUGUCAGCCAAAUCUUAAAGGGACAUUUUAAAGUUUUUGUGCCUGACUUUUCGUCUCAGAUCAUGCUGGUUGAUGGCUACAAGGGGCAGAAGGUCCAGGAUGUUAAAAAACCUAUCCAGAAGAUGAUGGUUGAGAAGGUAAGACAUCAUUAAUUUUACUCUAUAUUAUAGGAUUACCAUCUCAUACAGUGUUUGAUAAACCCAUACCUUCCCUUGUAAUGCUUUUUUAUUCGCACAUAUCUACGAUAGGGUGAGGCUAUGAUCUACAUGGAGCCAGAAAAACAGGUCAUGUCCCGCUCUGCUGAUGAGUGUGUGGUGGCUCUCUGUGAUCAGUGGUGAGUAAACUUGAGGGUAAAUCUCAGAUGAAGAAUUUGUUUUAGGUCGCUAUUUUGUUACACUUUUGCUGCCGUGGAUAAAGAGUGACAAAGUAGAAGAAAGACUGAUGGAGUUGGUGAAAUUCAGAAUAUGCUAAUGCUUGAUGUGUUUCAGGUACUUGGACUAUGGUGAUGCAGAGUGGAAGCAGCAGGCCAAUGAAUCCCUCAAGUCCUUGGAAACGUAAGACACCUCUGAUUUGUUGUAGGGCUGGGAAUCACCAGUGGCCACACGAGACGAUAUUAUCACAAUACUUAGGGGCCCCACAAUAUGAUAUUAUCAUGAUACUUGGGGCCCCACAAUACGAUAUUAUCACAAUACUUGGGGCCCCACGAUACGAUAUUAUCAUGAUACUUGGGGCCCCACGAUACGAAAUUAUCAUGAUACUUGGGGCCCCACGAUAUGAUAUUAUCAUGAUACUUGGGGCCCCACGAUGCGAUAUUAUCAUGAUACUUGGGGUCCCACGAUACGAAAUUAUCAUGAUACUUGGGGCCCCACGAUAUGAUAUUAUGAUACGAUUUUAUCACAAUACUUGGGCCAUGAUACAAUAAUAUCAUGAUAUGAUAUUAUCACAAUACUUGGGGGGGCCCCACUAUAUGAUAUUAUCAAGAUACUUGGGGCCCCACGAUACGAUAUUAUCACGAUACUUAGGCCACGUUACAUUAAUAUCACGAUACAAUAUUGUCACGAUACUUCGGCCACGAUACGAUAAUAUUAUAUUAUUAAGGUGAGUAUUGCGAUUUAUAUAAUUUUUUCAGCUGUUUAGCUAAUUAAGCAUUUGGCCUCCUUUUUGUUUGUCUUAUUUACGCUGUAUUUUAUUUUCAUGUAGCACAUCUUGCAAACCUGAUAUAUAUAUUUGUUGUACCAACUUUCUCCUGCUCUAUGAUGUCCGUCUGCCAACCACAUUGGACAGACAGUUGAUUUUAUUUUUCCAUUGUCAUAGAUUUGACUUCAUGUUAGCAAUUAAUUUGAAAAAUCGAUACUUGGUCAAUGAGACGAUAUGGUAUAUCACCAGACAAAAUAUCACGAUACUAUGCUGUGUUGAUUUUUUGUCCCACCCUUAAUGUGUUGUAAUAAUGUUUUGUCUGUUUUGGGCUCCUAUAAUAUAUCUCAUGUGGACUGUAAAAAUAGUUGUUAUCAAACAGAAUACAAACUUUUAGUGACUGUAGAUGUUCCUCUUUUGCCAAACAGAUUUUGUGACGAGACCAGGAGAAACUUUGAGGCCACUUUGGCUUGGCUUCAGGAGCACGCCUGCUCUCGUACCUACGGACUCGGUGAGUAUUUAUCUCUGUGGUUUGUGAGCAGCGGUGUCAUCAGCUGUACUAAUCAACUUUGUGCAGCUAAAACAGCUGUUUCAUUCAAAGGUAUUAUUGUCUUUUUUGUGAGAUUGACUGCUCUGCCAAAAAAAAAAAAAAAAAGAACAGGGUGUUUUUCUCAUGGUCAAUAGAUGGAGACAGAGUACUAGUGACAAAACACCGAGCAGCAGCCUCCCUUUCUGUACAUGCUGCUCAAGAAUAGAUGCAGACUGAAGGCCAGCUGGUCUACAGUCCAGGCCUGGAUGUUGAAGGCUCAUUCUGUCCAAUUAGAAUUAAAAAUAGGUUAUUGUAUAACGAAUAGAUCCUUUUAACAUGAACUGAAAUCGUGAUAUAGAAUAGAAUAUCUUUAUUUAAACAAAAUUAAGUGCAAACCUUCUUAGCACAAUGAAAACAUAAAAAUAUAUACAUAACAAAAAAACGCACACACACAUAGAGCAUGUCAAACUCUGGUUAAGUGCAUGACUUGCUGUUUAGUGCCAUUACUGCAAAACAGAGUAGUAUAUUUCUCAAACGUUUUCAGACAUCCCAGCGUCAUAUGUUUAGAUAUGAGUAAUGUUUUUAUUAAUACAUUAUUAUACACUUUUGUUCUGUAAAAUUCAGAUGAAAAAGAAGUCGAUGCAUUUCAAAUUAAAGUUGUUUUUUCAGUAAGUGAUGCAAGACAGAUCAUGACAAGUGGUUAACAAUAUAUACGCAGUACAAACAGACGAUGGAGACAAAACAAAGAGACAAGAAGAGCAGGAGCACAUACCAUUUAGAUAUUUUAAGUUUGCAGGUGUUGCUGGGUUGUGUUUAAAUAAGAGUGAGUGGGUGGGUGGGUUGGUGUUUUAUGUGUGUUGAGGAGUGUGUGUGUUCGUGGGUGUGAUUGUCCUGAUUUUUCCCCUCUUUUAAAUUGCAAUAAUUGUUGAAGAGAGAAUGAAAGGAGAAAAAGUAAGCGUUAUGACAAAAUAAUUACAAUAAUAAAAUUAUUAUUAUUAUUAUAAUAAGAGAACAAAGACAAAAGACAUUAAAUAAAAUUUUUAAAAAAUAGAUAAAUAAAUAAUAGAAUAAUAAAUAAAUGUUUAGAAUAUAUACAUAUAUAAAAUAAAAUAAAGUUAAUUAUUUAAUAAAUGUGGGGGGAUAUAGUUAUGAUAAUUAUAGACUAAAUGAUGCCAUAUAAUAGAUACUUCAUAUUCCUAAUGUAUUACUUCCUCCUCAUUGAAUGUUUCACUUAACUCUAUUUUACAGGAGCCUCCGCUGUUUACUUUGUCGUAGGAGAUUUUUAAGCUCUUGUGUCUUUAAGGCUGAUUGAGAAGCAUUUAUUUUAUCACUAUGUACUUUUCAUUAUUCCCACGUUUAAAAUAAAAAAGUUAAGUUUGAAAAUACAACAAGUCAGGGAUGAAAAGAUAAACCGCUGCUGUCUGCCAAGAAGCAGGUCGGCAAGUUGCGCUUUGAGUAAAGUGCAUCUUAUUUUAAAAUGGAUCUCUGUUUGUUUGCCAAGGAUUACACAAUAAAGCAGCGGACUUAUUCCACUUUUAUUUGGCUCCAAACUGUAACCAGCUUGACAAGAUGGCUGAUUUAACAGAAAGGAUUUGUCAGCACAGACACAACCAUUGUCUGUCUUUUAUAACUUUUGUCACUGUCUCCUUUUGUGUGUGUGUGUGUGUGUGUGUGUGUGUGUGUCUUCUUGUUACCAUAGGGACACGGCUGCCUUGGGACGAGCAGUGGCUGAUUGAAUCACUAUCAGACUCCACCAUCUACAUGGCUUACUACACUGUGGCGCACCUCCUCCAAGGUGGCGUGCUCAACGGACAGGGAGCUUCACCACUCGGCAUCAAGUACGGCUACAACACACACACGUGAACACUCCAAGAACACACACACACAGGAAUAAAUACAGAUCAAGCUCUAACUGAAUUACCCCGUCUUUUGCUGCCUGCCUCUCCUUCUCUCGUCCUUGUUUCUGCCGUCAAACAACCUCACGCAUCGUUCACCCGAGGGAGAAGAAAAAUCUCUCAUUAAAUUUGCUUUUCUUUUAAUCAUUUCGAUCGGCAGGUGUUGUUUGUAAGAGUCCAACAGAAGUCAAUUUGUUUUCAGCCUUCAUCGAUGGAACAACAACAAAAUUAAUAUAUACAACGUCCUCUCAAUGACAAAUGCUGCUUGUCAGAGACGGUUUUUAAAAUCAAUCCAUAGCUCGAUACUCAUUUAAGUAUCCCCAAAGUCUUUCCUUCAGUGUGAGGAUGGAAAGGGCCGAAGAGGAGUGAAGUCUUCCUCAGCGCCGAAGCUUUUAAUUACUUCUUUUCACUUAGUUUCAACUCAACACGUCCCCAGAUCUACACAUCCUCAUGCCUGCUUCUUUUACAGGCCGGAGCAGAUGACCAGAGAGGUGUGGGACUUUAUCUUCUUCAAGACGUCUCCCUUCCCAAAGACAGACAUCCCUAAAGAGCAUCUACAGAGGCUGAGGAGGGAGUUUGAGUACUGGUACCCCGUUGAUGUCCGUGUGUCUGGGAAAGACCUGGUGCCAAAUCACCUUUCCUACUACCUGUACAACCAUGUGGCGAUGUGGCCUAAAGACAGGUGAGUGUGCAGCUCAUGGACUCGUAGGGAAUCGCUGAGAAGCUUCAACUAUUAUUAAAGAUAGGAGGACAGAGGGCCAAUCACAAUUGUCACUCUUAACCAUAGACUGUAUAUACAAUGGAAAACUUGGUUCUGCCUUCCAUUGUUAUAUGAAUUUGAAGCCAAAUUGCUCUCGGUAUUUUCGGUAUUUUCUCAACCACUUGUGUAGUAGAAUUCUACGCAUUUGGCGGGGGAGCCGCUGUGAUGACGCUCAGCUCAAACAGCGUAUCCCCCAGGUGAGCUAUGCCAUCUUCGUACGCCGUCUGUAUCAAGUGUCAAUCAUAGAAAACAUGAACCCCCUAAUAACUUUUAAAAAAUUGGAGCUGCACAGAAAAAAGAGGACUUGAGCACAAACCAGUCUGACAGUAACUACAUGUCAACAUCACAACCAGGAGGGAGAAACAUUUAUAUUCUGUGGAAUUAAUUUCUAAAGUUUGUUCAUAGGGAUUGCUGGAGGAGGCGGGAUUUAUGACCUAUACUGCAGCCCGUCACCAGAGGGUGCUGUUCUCGCGGUAGCCUCACCCAGCGAGGAGGCAGGCGGCGUCCAUUCUAUAUACAGUCUAUGGUUUUACCCGUUUAUCUACCUGUUCUCCUUGGCCCUCUGUUUUGAGGCCCAAGGGGAAGAGGUGAAAACAUGCUCCUAGGAAACGAGACGCCAGUAAAUUUCCGCUAUGUCAUCAUGCCUUGCUGCUUGCUGGCAGUGUCGUAGGCUGAUGCGACAAUACCAGUAAACAAGUCGGAAAACAAUCUACUGUUGUAACGUUUACCCCUUUUGAGCUAUUGUUUGAAAUAGCAGUCUGACAUUUGUGUAGCUAUCAACAGCUACAGCUUUGUUAGCUAGUUCGUCAUAACGCGUGAUUUUAAAACAUUGCUAAUAUUUACAUGGAGUAGCGAAGGAUUGAAUAUGUGAUAAAAAAGUGUCAUUAUGAUGAAAAUCAUAUCAAAAUGUUACUCCUUGCCCUUAACCCUUCCCCUUAACCUUAUGGAGAAGUGGGACACCUCUUCGCUUGAUGUGAAUGCAAGAAACCGAGGGCUAAGUCGUAGAAUUGUGAUUGGCCUAGAGCAGACCUGGGCAUUUUAGGGCCUGAGGGCCACAUCCGGCCCUUUAUAUGUCCCUGCCCGGCCCUUCGUGAGGUCCGUCAAUCAAAUCAUUUACACGCUAUACCUGUGUUUCUUUUGUUUUGAAAACCUAGCCGUUGUUUUAUUUUCGUUUAGACACACAUGCGUACAUCCUAGAUCUGCAUUCGUGAACAGAGACAAGUUUAAACAUCUGCAAAAUAUAUACGUAGACGCCUUAUAGCUGCUCAGUGAGCUUAUUAUAAGAGCCUUAAGCUUGUUUCUCUCAUAAGUCACUUGUUAAACUCGCGAGUCGCGGGUGCGCUUUUUUGGGCUUGUUUUUAACUAGUAGUUGCUUAUUUGGGUUUGCUUUUCCCCCACCCCAAAUUGAUGUUGACAUUUUUGUUGGUUCGGCCCUCCAACACAGGCUAGGUUUCUCAUGUGGCCCCAUGUAAAAAUGUAUUGCCCACUCCUGGCCUAGAGUCUUGUUUGGUCACGUCUUCUUUCUUUUCGUCCACAGCGGAAAAUGGCCACAAGCGGUGCGAGCCAACGGACAUCUGCUCCUGAACUCUGAAAAGGUUUGUGAAACGUUCAGUUCCUUUUUUUAUCCCCGAUUAUCAGACGAUCAGUUAUUGAACAGAUCCGUCACACAGAGUAGCAGCCACACCACCGCUGUCAACUUCAUGGCGAACCUUUUGUCGUACAGAUGUGCCGGUAAUUGCAGCGUGUUUGAUGCUGUUGGAAUCAUUUCCAUGCUGGCUGUUGAUUUGCACUGCAAACACAGACAGUCUGCGACCUGCCGGUUGUGCUUGUCAGGGAAUUGUUCACGUAGGCGUGUUUGAAAGCUUCUGGCUGCUAACACCUGUUUUUUCUUCUUACCAGAUGUCCAAAUCAACUGGAAACUUCCUCACGCUCACACAGGCCAUUGAGAAGUUCUCAGCAGACGGUACGAGCGCUUUCUUCUCGACUGCUCUUCCUCUUGUGUUCUGUUUCUUAUCCUUCAUUCUCGCUGUUUUUCUUGGUUUUCAUCAUGUUUUAUUGAAAUGGGAGAAGUGACCUAUUACGAAUUCAUGGGGAGAGCAGAUUGGGGUGUGUUUUCGUAGAGAGGGGGGUCAUUAAACUCGAUUAGAGAACAAACAUCUAUUAUUAUGGUAAAGAUAACUAGAAAGCACCCAUCUUCCUGAUGAACAUGCUGCAUGAUUUCUCUACCUGCAGCAGCUCAUGAAUAUCGAAGACCUUCAUGACGUUAUGUUCAAAUCAGUCAUCAUACAGUAGGGCUGGGCGAUACAGCCUCAAAUCAAUAUCACAAUAUAUUGAUCAGUUCACCUCGAUAACGAUAAAUAGACGAUAACUACUCCACAAGCUGCUCACCCCCUCCCACAUUAACUUCGUCUACUUAAGCCGCUACAACUUUUGAACCGUCCUCCAUCUCCUCACCUGUCUUUCCCUCUUUGUCACGGACUGGAUGGAGUGGAGUCACGUCUCUGAUGUAGGACAGCAUCUUAAAGGGACAUGAGACCAUAGCCUACCUACGCACACCCAAAAACAACUUUUAUUGAUUUAUUUAUUUAUUUGCAGUAAUAUAGUAUUGGUAAAUUUUUCGGAUUAUCAUCCAGUCCUAUCAUAUAGUACCUUUAAAUUGCCUUAUCUUUGUGUCAGCACUAUAAGAAGAUGCAAAAGAAGUAGAAAAGUUUUUCCUUUAGAACCGAAUGUUUAUUGGAAGAUUUCUCAGACAAGACUUGAUCACUGUCAGUUAAAAACUUGUUCUUAAAAGUCUUAUAAGACAGAAUUCUUUGUUUAAGGGGUACUGUUUCGAGUAAAUAGUCCUGGUAAUCCACUUUGGAGUAGCAGAGUCAUUUGUAGUUCAGGUCUUUUUUAUUAUUUGGCUCUUUUUGUGUGUUUUGUUGUGUUUGGGACAAAGAUGAACUCUUGAAUCCCUCCUGCCUUCAGUUUACCUCGGGAUAAAUCGAUACCUCCUUUUUGUUGUUGUCUUUUUCUCCUUUUGGUUGUUAGUGUUACCCCCUGUCUUUUUUUCUGUUCUGAACAACCUGAAUAAUAGAUAAAUGUGCCUUUUGGGUUUCUGGAAUAUUCCCCACUCUGACAACAAAUAGACGUAUUAAGUUGACUUCCUGCUUUCCAGCUUGGAGUGAUGUCUGCUGGUGAUUUGAAGGUUUCUCAGACCGUGGAAGUUUCUGCAAACUUGACUAAGUUUCAAGGAGGUUUUUGAAGAACAAAAAGGACUCAGUUCAGAGUCGGGACACAGAAUUGGACUUAAAUGACAAAGGCAACUGAUGAGAGUAGAGGCAUUUUCUUCUCCGAACAAGCUAAAUUGCAUCUGUUCUGUUGUUUCAUCAAAUCUUUUCGCUCCCUCUCUCAGGUAUGCGUCUCGCUCUGGCUGAUGCAGGGGACACAGUGGAGGACGCCAACUUUGUAGAGACGAUGGCGGAUGCAGGGAUCCUGCGCCUCUACACUUGGGUGGAGUGGGUGAAGGAGAUGAUUGCAAACCAAAACAACCUGAGGACAGGACCUGCAGACACUUUCAACGAUCGAGUGUUUGCCAGGUAGACGCAGGAUGGAGUGAAAGAGUAGCAUUCUGUUGUUUUUAAUGUGUACCUAAAUUAUUCAGCUCUAAUUAAAGGGAUAUUCUGCCGUUAAUUGAAGCUUAACACCGAGUUAGACACCCCCCGAGAGAUGAAUGUUGCAGACCGCUUACUUCUCUAGUUACACCAACUUCAGUAACGACCACACGAUAGCAAUACGCAGCGCUAUACGUCUCUACAAACCUCAACCAAAACGCCACUCUAUAGCCACAAAUAAUGCUCAGAACAGCACCUAACUUCAUCAACAGUACAUAUAGGGUCCCAGCCAUAGUACUAGCCACCAAACAUCUUUUUAACUUUAACUAAUUUCUUUAGCAAAGGGACCAAACACAGCUCGCCUACUCUCCUCCAGCAGACGCUUGUUUGUGGGGGAGCCCUGACGGGUCGAUCACAGAGUGCAGCGUAAAAUUUAUGAUCAUUACUUCAUGGAAAUACAAUCAGACCAGACGCUAAGGCAGAAGAACUACCGUGUCUGCAGUGCAAAAUGAUUAAUAUGGUGAUUAUUACUUCAUGGAAAUGAAAUGACAAUCAUAAAUGUUCUUCCUUGAGCUGCGAAACUCCAUUGCACUCGGUGAUUGACUCGUCAGGACUCUGUUGAUGAAGUUAGGUGCUGUUCUGAGCAUUACUUGUGGCUAUAGAGUGGCUUUUUGGUUAAGGUUUGCACGUGGAGACAUAGAUCGCUGUGUAUUGCUAGCGUGCGGUCGUCACUGAAGUUGGUAUAACUAGUGAAGCAAGCUGUCGGCGACAUUCAUCCUUUGAGGGGGUGUCUCUGAGUGUUUGACCAUAAUUUAAAUUUAUGCCAGAAUAUCCCUUUAAUCUCUGCUCAGUCAUAUUUUCUGAUGUACGGGGUUGUAUAGACAGCAGCCUGUUUAAUCAGCCAAAUAGAAGUAACUCAGUCCUUCAUAGUUUUGAUUGGUACCCUCAGAAAGUCUGGACCUAAAACCACGAGUCAACGAUCAACAGAUUUUAUUUUGUGUCCCGUCCAGUGAGAUAAAUUCCGGUAUCUUGAAGACGGAGCAGCACUACGACAGGAUGAUGUUCAAAGAGGCUCUGAAGAGCGGCUUCUUCGAGUUCCAGGUAAAGAAAACGCUUCGCAAAUCAUCAUCAGAUGAGAAAGCUUCUCAUCCCCACUCAGCAUUAAACGUCAUAGUAUCAGAGAUGCUGCAACGACAGAUCACACAGUAGAUAAAACAGACCAUGACUGACGAUUCAGAUGCCAUCUUCAAGUGUUUCCUAGAUAGUUUCAGAAUCGUUGGAUGGCCAAUGAAAUGAUCUUUAAACUCCUUUUAUUUGUGUCUACAGGCAGCCAAAGAUAAGUACCGUGAGCUGGCUAUCGAGGGCAUGCACAGAGACCUGGUCUUCCAGUUCAUAGAGAGACAAACUCUGCUGCUGGCCCCCAUCUGCCCCCAUCUUUGUGAAUACACCUGGAGUCUGCUGGGGAAGGUGAGAAAUGUCACAUUUUCACCAGGUUUUGGAUUUUAUGUUGCUUGUGUGCUCCUCAGCUGAAAUGCCCAUCUCUCUGCUAAAGAUUCAGAGAGGGUGAAACAUGCUUUUAUAGUCCUUUCCUGUUCGAAACGCUGCUGUUCGCCCUCUGACUGAGAAGAAAGAGGGACCUCAUCAUCACACCUGUGUUGCUGUCCCUUCACUGGCUUCCAGUCCCUCACAGGAUAUGUUUUAAAAUUCAGUUGCUGACCUUUAAGGCCUGUAAUGGAUAUGCACCGCCUGUCAUCACAGAGCUUAGCCGUGUUCAUACUCCAGCUGGAGCGCUGAGGUCAACCAAUCAGAUUCACCUAAAGCUUGUCUUAGAAACGGGGGCAAUCAGGCCCUACCUUGUGGAACAGCUUAAUGCUUUGAAUCAUUUUUGAAGACUUGAACUUUCUCUUUGGCGUUCCCUUAGAGAUGAAAGGGUCACUAUCCUUUUAUAGUACGCUGUUACAAAAGCAUGUUUUGCUGUUUAUAGUUAUUUUCUUGUUGUAUCUGUUAAAUCAAUUAAUCGCACGAUAAAUGAAAAUGAAUUUGAUAAUUUUUCCGGCCUCGAUGUAUCGCCAUGUGCAUACCUGUAUUUGUUUUCCCCGUCUCACGCCUCCAAACACGCCGGAUGACAAGAGGGUUCACUCUGCGCAUCGGUCUCAGCACCUGGGUGCGUUUGUGCUUUAGUGGAAUGAAAUGAAGGGAGUGAACCAUCUUGUCAUUCAUUCAGGAUCUUUGUGACUGUGGGGGGGAGGCGGAACCGCAAGCACACACGAACAGACUGCAGCAAGUGAGCUUCGUGAGGAGCAUGGAAGAGCUUAAUGCAAAGCCAAAUGCCACAGCCCCGAUGUGGGGAUAUUUCAAGCCCAAUGAGUAAGGUGGAAUCGUCAACACAGUCGAGACAGUAUGCCGACUUUGUUUAAAAAUGGUAGCGACAAAAAAAGAAGCCAAUACAACGAACUUGCAUAGCCACCUCAAACACAAUCACCCGGUCGAGUUUUCCCAGCUGAGUGGAAGAGGUUGCUGGUGUUUCCUCCUCCAGCAACGACAACUCUUUGCAUGUUAUUGUUUUUUGAUUAUUGAUUUAAAUGGAUGUUCUAAAUCCGAAGAAUCUCCAGACAACCGAUGUUGCGACUGAGUUUUGAGUUCCUCCUCCUCUUCCUCGUGUUGGGUGGGUUGGGCUGCCUCCGUUUGCUCGGUACUGCCACUUAUCCCUCCUCCGCCAUGACCACCACCAGUCAAGUUGUUUCUUCUUCGUCGAAACUAUGCCAAGCAGUCUGCUGGACACGCUGGUGAUUUUUGGGGGCGCACCCAAACCUGACCAAUCAAACGGAGCGAACAAACUCCGCACGAUGCGCUGGUGAAUAUAUGGAAACGCACCCAAACGGAUGAACUACACACUGACUCAGAGAGAUGCAGCAGACAUCUGUGCUCUCUCUCUCUCUCUGAUAUAAACGGUAUCGCAAACUUUCCACCGGUAGACACUUUAUACCGUCACACAAUAUAUACUGUCUUACCGCCUAACACUACACCCGAGAUGCAGAGCCGUCGGCCCGACAGUCAACGCUUACGAAAAGCGUUUGGUCGACAAAGCAAGUACAGUCGGAACAGUGCAAAAUGGUGUGCGCCCACAGAAAGUUUUUGACCGGCAAUACGAAUUGCCUUCCAGAAAAUAUGUGAUAUACUAACAUUACAUAAGUGGUUAUUUUGGUCUCAAUAAUGUCGAUAAUAAUAUCGCUUAUCGUCAAUUAUUUGUGGGACAAUAUAUCAUCCAGCAAAAUUUGUUAUCGUCCCAGGCCAACUUGGUCAGAAUUAGUUGUUUUUUAAAAAAUAUGCUUUAUAAGUUAGGGAUGCACCCAUGAAUCAGUUGCACAGUGGAUUUGGCAAAUAUCAACCCCGUUGACAGACAUUUGCACAUCAGCAAGUACUGUGUUAUGCACCAGUGUCAGUAGCCAAUGAUUGUCUGUAUGCUAUAACAUCCUAUCUUCAUCUUUAUCUUCAUCUUCAUCACUGUAAAUCUGGAAAGCCACUGCUCCUUACUGCUGAUUCAGAGAAGUUUUUCAUUUGGCAGAAGAAGUCCCCUGCUGGACAACCUGAUUUAUUUUUAGGAUCAAACAUGAAGGAAAGUGUGCGCCGUGUGUGAGUACAACACGGUCUCUGAGAAAGAUUAAGAACAUGCAGUUUAUAAGAUGUUAUCUAUAGACAUUAGACUUAAAAAAAAAGGAAGAACCAGCAAUCAUUUAAAUACAUCACAUCUCUGACUCAAAAGCUGCAAAGACGUAAUGUCAUUGUCAGCUGUGAGUGAAAUUGUUAUUCCAAACACCCUGGUCCCAAUUUUCACAAGUGGUGCAUCAUAAAUCUGAAUAACUGGACUUAAACUGAGUCAAAUGAAGACAUUAAAACAUGACAUAAGAUGGGAACACAACAUGCACAGGGCGCUAAAAUCCUGGUCCCAGUGCUCGCUCCUCUGUGUGAAACGGUGACUAACCCACUGAAUCCCUUUGCUGCCUGAGCGUUUUCACCGUGAGCCUGUUUUUUUCACACCAGGGGCCUCUUUUCCUCAUCAGUAUACGAGGAAUGCACACACUGUUGUACCCUCCAAACAGCACUGAGAGCCAGAAAUAUUUUUAACACUCAAAUUUAUGAAUAUGAAAGAGUGCUGCUGCGCCAGAGCAGGUUUUUUUUUGGUCGUCGCUUAGCAACAACAAAAGCCCCUCAGCUCCAAUCAUGUGUACAGCGCCGCUAGCCAAAGAGCUAAGAGGCACUCAGUGGACACAGAGGUGCACACAUCAGUCUGGGAUUCUUACACACUUGACAUGUUGUGUGGAUUGUUUGUUUAGAGGAUGGUUUGACCCCCUGGCUGUGGAGUUAAUAGGAUUCAGAAGCUCCUGUGGACUUUAAAUUAUUGUUGUGUUUUUGUGCAUACACACCUCAGACUUUAGUCCUCAAACUUCUCUCACCCCAUUUCCCUCCCUCCUCUCUUUGUCAGGCCGGUUCUCUGAGGACAGCAUCAUGGCCUGUAGCAGGUCCAGUCGACGAAAUUCUGAUCCGGUCCUCUCAGUACCUGAUGGAGACGGCGCAUGACCUCCGCCUGAGGCUCAAAGCUUACAUGCAGCCGCCCAAAAACAAAGUAAGAUAAUUGCCUGUUUUAUUUGACAUGCUUCACUGCUAGUUUCCUAAACUACUGUAAUGGCUUUGUCAUAACUUUGAAAAUGAAUAUGGAUUUUUCGAAAUUGAUUGUUUUCUUUUCGAAGAGGUUUCAAUGAAGUACUGCACUCAUCUCAAAGUACAGCAGGAGUUAUAAUUAAAUCUGAGGCAGUCUGGAGUCCUAGUCAGUCUCCCUUAGGUGUUGUUUAACAGGGUGGUGUUUGUGUGACAGGGAGCACAGUGAGGCAGAAAAUUGCAAAAACAGAACAAUAAAAAGUGUGAAAAUAUCAGGCAGCAUGCUGAAAGCAAGCUUACGUCGUGUUUAAUAGAGUUUUGUUAAAAUAACUUUUCAAUCACUCAUUCAAUCUGUUAGGAGACUGAAUUUACCAGAUGACCUAAAACUGAGAGCUAAUGCUACGUUUGAGUUACCUCAGGAGUCAGAUGUCCGAGCUGGGACAGACGUCACACCUGAGUUACCAGCGCCAAGUCGGAAAAAAAGCAAAAUUGGAGGCGGAAACAAGAUGGCUACAUCUACGAAAAUUAUUUUAGUGCUUGCCUUGUCCGAAUAUAAAUUCUGACAAGGCAAGCGCUAAAAUAACUUUAGUAGAUGUAGAAAGUUAUUUUAGCCAAAAAAAAGCAAAAUCGGAGGCAGAAACAAGAUGGCUACAUCUACGAACUUUAUUUUGGCGCUUUCCUUGUCCGAAUAUAAAUUCUUACAAGGCAAGCUAGACUCAUUUAAAAACUUCUGUUAAAAGUUAUUUUAGCGCUUACCUUGUCCGACAAGGCAAGCACUAAAAUAACUUUCAUAGAUGUAGCCAUCUUGUUUCCGCCUCCAAUUUAGCUUUUUCCGACUUGGUGCCGGUAAAUCAGGUGUGGUGUCCCAGUUCGGACAUCUGACCCCCGAGGUAACUCGAAUGUAGCAUUAGCUCUCUGUUUUAGGUCAUCUGUUAAAUUCAGUCUCCUAAUAGAAUAUAAAUUUGGACAAGGCAAGCGCUAAAAUAACUUUCGCAGAUGUAGCCAUCUUGUUUCCGCCUCUGAUUUUGCUUUCUUCCGACUUGGUCACUGAAACGCUGGGAACUUGGAUGUGACGUCAUUCCCAGCUCAGGCUUUUGACUUCCGAACACAGCAUUGUACUCAAGCUUUGUUAAAAACAUUAGCCAUUUUAACACACGAGGGAUGUAACGGUAACCAGUGUAACAGUAAUUUGUUGUAAAAAUGUUGACGAUAACGAUUAACGUUUUCAUUUCAAAAACCGGUGGGUGGGUGUGGAAUGAAUCAGCUGUGUGAUGGAGGACAAAAACUCACUAAUUAAUCAGCUGUAUGGUUGCCGACGAUAUCUCACUAAUGCUAAUACUCAGUGGGUGUGCUUCUCAGUGUGCCGCACGAAUGUAUACUGAUUCAUAUGAGUCCGAGGUGGAGCCACCUAAGAAAAAAACUAAUUUUUAAGGUGUGUCGGCUUUUAUCUAGCUUCACUCGGAUGAAGCUAAACUUGGAUUUAGCUUCAUCCAAGAAGGAGGAGACGACAGUGCCAAAAACGUCCAUCAGCCCUCUAAAGAGGACCCAGUCUGCAGUAUGGGCAUGUUUUGGGUUUUGUAGGAAUAUCAAGGGAACAUUUAGUUGAAGACAGUAAUCCUGUCCAGAUAGGAUGAAACAGUGAAAACAAGACGUUGUUUUGCGCUUGAUAAAAGCAUAAAAAAUGACGUAAUCAGUGCCUUUGAAUAAAUUUUAAAAAAUUGCGCGAUCAUACUGAAAACCAUAAUUAUUUUGUUCACAAUAACCUUGAGGUAGAAUUUUCAUACCAUUACACCCCUAAAACGCACAAUCCCCUGGUUGUGCUUCUUUAAACAGAACAGGAGAAUUACCUUAAUUCUGACAAACCCUGUAAGCAUGUGUAAAAAGUACAGAGGCCCAGAAGCUGUAGAUUAUUGAGGUUGUCUCCCUUCUCUCUGAUAUGUUCAGGCUUCUUAUGCUGCACCAAAAUCAUUAUACUAGACUCUUUAAAUAAAGUUGUUCAGGUGACCCGCUCGCACACACCUCAAGAUUUAAGCCUGAGUUUUGUUCAGAAAAGCCAGGACACGGUGGGUUAACUGUUAGUUCGGCACUUCGAUAAGUGACUGUCGGCAGCUCAGAGCGAAGCAAAACGAGUAUUGACAAGACCUGCAGACAGCCGAUAUCACAGCCUUCCUGACUGCUGUUAUCGAUUGACUGAAAAUGUUUUGUUGCGGCGAGGGCAAGAUAAAGGAGUGAUUGAAGAAAAAAAAAAGAGAUGAAAGGACUGAGAGAAGAUUCUGUCUUUUUAGUCUGAACAAACACAGAAAGAUGAGUUGUUCUUAAUGGCACUGUCUUGGUAAAGAUGUUAAACUUGACAGGUCAAAGCUUCUCUCUUCAAGGCAGCUUUAUCUAUCUUUAUAAUGUUUAAUUGAUCGUAUUUAUACCGUCCCUUGAAGACUCAUUUGUGGAAAUGACAUAACAGACGUGCACAGGGUUCAAGACUUAAGUAGACACGACAGCUGUCACAUAGGAUAAGUUAACGGAUCCCCAUCUUCAUCUCAGAAGAUGGCACACAUCCACAAAGAUGCUUCUUAAAUAAUCCAGGCACAUUUAGGUCACCCACCCCAGAAACAUAUGCCGUCACUGCAGUGAAUGAAUUAAGAACCAUCAAAGGCUCAGGUACCUGACCGAGAGGAGAAAUUAGAUGAGUCUGAAUUCCCCCCCCUUUUUUUUUUCUCCAACAGAAAGGUGACUCAAAACCACCAGCCAAGCCCUCCCACUGCUCCAUUUAUGUUGCCAAGAGCUACCCGCCAUGGCAGCACAGCGCCUUAUCCCUGCUUGGGAAGCACUACAAGGUGAGAAACAAACAUAAUCACCAGUGAAUGUUUCACCUCUGUGUCUCUUAAGGAUAUUUUUCCUCAUUUGACAGAGAUUUCUGAUAAAUAUAUGAUGGUAAGUGAAGUCUUUUAUAGCAGAGAAACCCACUUCUAGUUGAGUUGGGCCUUUAUUUUUGGCCAAAAUCGUGCAGCCCUAGACUUAUUGUAAUACAAAACAAGACAGUCAGAGAAGAAGAGUUCUAGUGAUAAUGAAAAUGAGUGGACUUUUGCCUUCAAUGCUGACUGGUGAUUGAAAUAGUUGACUGGUCCGUUAGUUGGUGAAACCUCGGGCUAAGUGGAUCUUCUUCUUUGAAAUCCUCGUAUUUUGGGUUUGCUCUUUGCCUACAGAUGCCUCUGUUUAAGUCAAAGGACAGCAUUCAUGCUUAAUGAACAACUGCACUGAUUUGCUUUCCAGACACACUUCAAAAUGUCUGCAGCUACUUGUGCUCUGUAUUACUUUCAGAGAGUUUACACAAUUUCAUCUUGUGAUUGCAUAAAUUAUUCUGUCUGCUCUGUAAUAUUGUUAUUUUUCUUUCUCUUGUUUUGUAUCCAGAGCAACAAUGGGAUCCUCCCAGACAACAAAGUGAUAGCGAGUGAGUUGGGAGCCCUGCCUGAACUGAAGAAAUACAUGAAGAGAGUCAUGCCUUUUGUGGCCAUGAUAAAGGUAAAAGCUGGAAGGAGUGACGUUAUAAAUCUGUGUUUCAUUUGUUCAUUUAAUUCUCAAAAUAAAACCAAAAUUGAAAAAACGAGGAAACAAAUUGUUUUCUAAAUAUUCUUCUCUAAAAUGAAAAUGAAAAAAAGAUAACGGCUCAUUGUCCGAUUUCUGUUUUCUUCAGCUCAAAUGAAAAUGGGAUAAAUGGAUAACAACAGUUUUAUCUAAGGCUACGUUAACACUGAAGGUUAUGAUGCACAAUUCGGAUUUUUUGGUUAAAUCCGAUCUUUUUGUGCGGUCGUUUACAUUACAACACCGAAUGUGGCAUCUAAUGUGAACAGAAAGCGUCCGUGAAUUGACCCGCAUGCGCACAAAGCCUUUCCGCGCCUGUUUGUGUUGUCGAACAAUGGUGACGUCGCAUAUUGAUGACGUAUAGGUCGGAUGAACGUGACCUGAGAAAAAAUCAGAAUUGCACUGUUCACACUUAGAUGAAAAAAUCAGAUAUGUGUCACAUAUGGUUAAAAAAUCUGAUUUGACCUGCAGUGUGAACAUAGCCUUAGGUAACCAGACGUCCCCGAUUUCGGGGGACAAUCCCCGUAUUAGAUAAACCUGUCCCUGGCUAAGGCUGUCCCUGGAAAUGUCCCUGAUUUAAGCGUUUCAUGAAUGAGAAAAAAAAAUGUUGGGUGUAGACUAGAACAACGGUUAUUACAGUAGCCGAGUAGGUAGGAAGCGCAAGUUAGCAUGUUGCACGCAGUCCUGAACAACAGAUUUUAUGGGGGGAUAUUUGGAGCAUGUGCUGCUACUAAGUAGUACCGAUUUGUUGUCUGUGAUCACACAGUUGACAGAAAUCUGGUAAUCUUAGUUUGAUCUGAUUUAGACUUUUUCGUCUGUAGAAAGUUUCGUGACCCGGAAGUGAACCUUACUCAGAUGUCAAGAGAACAAGAAACGAGCUUUGGCGUUACGGCUGGACUCCAGAAUUAUUCAGAGCUCAUACAGCACUUUUUUUCAGGAUGGCAAAACAGAAGGUUCUGUGCCCAAAACAACCUGAAGAGAAAACAACACUGAAACGUGCCGUAUGAGCUCUGAAUGAACGCACUGAUUAUUAUAGUUGCGUUUGCAGAGCACACACUGUCCCCUCACAUCCUUUUAAAUCUCUACCAUGGGCAAUAAAUGAAUCCAUAUUUAUCAGUGUUUUUUGUACUGUAUAUGUGACUUCAUGGUGUCUUUUUCUUGUGUUUGUUUUUGCUCUAUUGUGCGAGUGGGUCUUUGUUAACCACCUAAUUGGGCUCACUUAGUCCUGAAGUGUCUCUUCUUCUGCUUCUGCUCAUUUCACCGUGCGCUUUAGUAAUUCUGUAAAGAGAUUGGAGUCUGCAGCUUCAAAAGCCAUUGUUGUUCUCAUUCUUCUUUGGUGCUGAACAAAGACAAAAACUGUAGCCAAUAACAAAAGUGGUUUAGCAUUGAAAUUCCAAAGAAGUUACUGAAAACAUGGCCUGCAGCUUUUGAUGUGUUUCAUUGAUCUGAGAGAAAACAAAAUCACACUUUGGACAGGCUGUCUCGGCUUGUAUCUUCAUUUGUUUGCUGUUUUUUUUUUAUACCAUCAAUAUCUUUGCCGCAGGACUUGAUGUUUGUUUUGUUCACAAACUUUGUCCUGUCUUUUAUAUUUCUUCUGCAGAGCUCAGAGAUUCAGAUUAAAUUCAAUUUCAAGCUGAUUCUAAACUGAAUAAUUUUUAUGUCAAGUGGUUUGAUCUGUUCGGAGUAAUCACUCAUCACAUCUGAGACAGGAAAAUGACCAAAUUAGAUUUUAAGUGUGACUUCUGUUUUUGUUUCCGCUGGAAUCGAGGUCAAGUUGCAAACAAAUGAUUGUAUCCACGAUGCUUAUUAAAUUUUCGCCGGGCUCUCAGAACUCGUUCAGGUGUCUCUGUUUCUCUACGGUGAUCAAACAAAAAGAAACUCAUAAAUAAUCAUGAUUAGCUUUGUAUUUGUCCAGGGUUUUUCUCUCUCAAGUUGCUCCUUUAGUCGUUGUUUCUCUCCCAGCUCUCUUUGUUUGAUGGUUUGUUUUGCCGUGCUUAUUCACAAAGCAUUUUUGCUCCUUGAUAAUCUCAUGACGACAGCCGCAGCAUAACAAUGAGUUUCAGCGUAGAGCUGAAUUUAGAGCCUUGACUUCUACAGAAGGGUGGAUAAAACAUCGCAGUCUUCCUCUUCCAACUCCUGGCUUGUUAGACAUGUCGCAAAUUUUAAACUGUGUUUUAUAAUCCUGAAGGUUUAGAUUUUCAAAUUCUAACUCACUUUUUGUGCUGAUGUAGCGUCUUAUUAUUUGGCUUGUGUUUUUUGUUUUGUAGGAGAACCUGGAGAAGAACGGCCCCAGGGUGUUGGAUCUGGAGCUGGAGUUUGAUGAGCGGGCAGUCCUAAUGGAGAACCUGGUCUACUUAACCAACUCUCUGGAGGUAUAUGAAGUGGUCCAACACCCCCUAAACGUCCUGUAUGGAACUUUUAACUAGAUUAAAAAAAAUCUGUAACUCUUAACUUGACACCUAUCUCUAUAACCCAUUAUAAAUGCAAGUAUAAUGCGUUAAAACCACGUUACAGCACUGUAUAAUUAUAGUUAUAAACACUCAUAAAUGAUAAUAAUGCUUUAUAGCAAUAAUUAUAACAUUUUAUCAUGACUUACAAGGUCAGGUAUUGUAAUGUGUUCUGACUGUUAACAACUCACUGACAAUGCCCACUUAGAUAAUGCAUUAUAUUUAUAUUUAUGUGUUAUAAUUUGCUUAUAAAGUUGUAUAACUAUCAUUAUAAACACUCAUUAUCAUAAAGCUUUAUAACAAUAAGACACAUUAUAAUUCCUGACCUUGUAAGUCAUGAUAAAAUGCUUUAUAAUGUGUAAUGACUAUUGCUAUAAAGCGUUAUGAUCAUUUAUGAGGCUUUCUAAAUAUUGUUAUACAGUGCUAUAACGUGUUUAUAAUGCAUUAUACAUAUAUUUAUAAUGCAUUACAGUUAUAUAGCACUAUAACGUGAUUAUAACGCAUUAGACAUAUAUUUAUAAUGCGUUAUAGAGAUAGGCGUCAAAUAAAGCGAUACCAAAAACCUCUCGUUUCUGCUGAUGUCUCCCUGUCACCUGCAACAGUGAAUGAGCCCAUCUGUGUGAAGAUAAGCUAUUUCUAAAUAGGGAAAACGGGAGCCAGCGGUCGGGUUGGGACCACAAACAGAACGAUUUACAGCACUCAGACCAGAGAUACACGUUUUUUCUCUUUAUUUGCACUGAAAACGCGCAUUUUACUGUCACUACACAAAAGGUGACAACGUGUGACAACUCCUGCAGACACUGUGUCGUGCUACAGCUGCAGCCACUGAGUGAGAAGCUCCUCCACACCGGAGACAGACAGACAGACAGACAGGCAGGCAGACAGAGCAGCUCUGUGUCACUAACUUCAGUCAUCCUGCUGCUCCACAUCUGUCUCACACUCUGCGGCGGGCUGACCCAGACUCACUUCCCAUUUUAGAUACAUUUACAAAAUAAGUCGCCUCAAACUGCUCUCAAAAAAGUUAGUUUCUGUACAACAAUACGUGCUAAAACAGUACCGCUUUUGUCCAUAGUGGCCGCCAAAAUCAACAGAAAAUGAAAACUCUGUUCAGCUGCUUUAAAUCAGACGUGACAUUUGAAGAUGACCCCACUUAAAAGUAUGUUCAAGCUAAGAGCACGCCUGAGGGGCUCCUGAGUUUGUGACGAAGCCACCCAUAAAGAAGUUAAUGUGUUCGAAUAGACUGCAACCCCAUGAAGCCAAAAAAAGAAAAGAAACAAAAUCUACACUUUGACCACAUUUUACACCAGAGGGCGGUUUCAGAUAUGAGCAACAAACAGAACAAGAUACCUCAGUUAAUCUCUGUUUGUCGAGCCGUAACACGAAGUUGCAGCAUUUUGGUUCGCCUGAAAGAAACAGUUCAGCUUUGAAGAAGCCGAGUUUCACUACUUCUGCAAAAGUCAGUGGAGAAAACCCUGAGCGCAGUUGUCAGCUCGGAAAGCCCUUAAUACUUUUCUCUGCACGGAGGCUUAGCCUUGUCAAAUAUUAAAACCCAAGUCUCCAGUAUACUUUCGGUGAAUCCAGCACAGAUUUACCAACCGGAGAGGAAAGUUGUACACAUUUUCAUCGAAGGAGCACCAGGGACCGAAGACCCGUGUUUUCAAUAGAUGAAAGCCAAAUAAAGAGCAGCUACACUGACGCUAAAUGAUACAGAUAUUCUUCAUGCUGUAUGACUAAAAGUCUCAUAUUCAGUCUUGUCUUAAUAUGUAGUUUUCUGCAAGGAUGGUUUCAGGAGAAGUUGUUGCAUCAUGAAAGGUUUCUGCAGACAUUUUGGUACUUUUUGGGGUCUUACUCUUUACUGAGCUUUUUCUUUGGGUAAUCUCAAUCUCAACCUGAAUAUUGACUUUGCAGAAAGAGGAAAUCCUGGAUCUGUGCAUACAAAACACACCUUUAUACAGUUAUCUUGUAACACAUCGAGCUAAUGAUCACUGUCUCUCUCAUCAGCUGGAGCAGAUAGACGUCCUGUUUGCUUCUGAAGCAGAUGACAAAGUGAAGGAGGACUGUUGCCCUGGGAAACCGUUCAGUGUUUUCAGAACAGAGGUAAAUGUUUUGAUCCUCUAAAGUAGGCUCUGUUCGUUUUGUUGUCAGUAAGAUGGAGGGUCCAACUCUUUAUUAGCUUGUGACAUCUAGAGUUUUCAUUUCCUUCUGUGUUUUCAUUAUUUUUUUUAAUCUUUGAUCUUUUAAUAUUUGUGUGUCUUUCCACUGCUUUAAGUCAACUUUUAAGAGUGUGUUCUCAUGCCUCUCUUUCCAGCCUGGGGUGUGUGUUUCCCUGGUCAACCCUCAGCCAUCCAACGGCCUGUUUUCCACAAAGGUUGACAUCCGGCAGGGAGACAGCAGAGACAGCGUCAUCCGUAGGCUAGCCAAGGUCAACAGACUCAUCAAAGGUUAGUAACAUGUAUUUUAAGUAUGGAGAAAAACUUAUCAAGCUUCGUCUGAAAGCCUGAAAUUGGCUCUUCAGUGGAAAUAAUAUAUCAUUACCAAAUGAUCAAAGUGUUGUCGAGAUCGGAUGAGAACAUUUCUGAACCACGGGGUGAUGUUCUCAUUAGGGAUGGGAAUCAGUUACCGGUUCUUCAUCGUUUACAUUUUAUCUUACUGAUUCCUUUCUUCCGGGUGUCUUGAGAAACGGUCUCGUGACUGCCAGUCUACGCAAACAAGAACAGAGACAGAGAAAAAAACAUGGCGAACGGUACGUAAAGUAGGCAGAAAAGAACUGAAGCGUGGUUUCAUUUCACUUAGAAAGACGACAACAGCGCGAUUUGAACAUUUGUCGAGCAGUGAAAACAUGCGAAGGUGGAAGCACCAGUGACAUGCUUAAACAUUUGUCAUAUAUGGAGCCACAUGUAUUCGAUGCUCGCCUCCGGUCGUCAGCCCCUCCGACUCCGCACGGCAUGGAAGGUAUGUAUGACAUGCCAGACUUAACAACGUAUUAUGUAUUCGACCUAAUACCGACGGAAGUAAAAGCUGUACAAAUAGUUUGUUGUUUGAUUAUUUUUAGACGAUAGCGAUUUAAUGGUUUUUUUUAUUUAACUGUUCGUUUUAGCCAGUAAUAAUAUAUCUUUCUCUGUUAUUAGAGACUCAAUAAAAUUUUGAGUUAAUGGUGAAAACCUAUUGUCUAUUUUUUUUUUAAAUCAAAGAAAGGCAUUGAUAAGGGUCACGUUAAAGAACUGAAUCGAUAAGCAGAAUCGAUAUUGAUAAAAUCUUAAAAAUUCCCAUCCCUGGUUCUCAUGUAUUUCUCCACUUGGGUCAAAAAUGAAUCUCCACACAUAGCAUAACACAUCCUCUUGACUGGACUGAAUCAAGCAGCCAAUUACGAUCUCACUCCACCACCCAAGUCUCCCCUCUUGUCCUCUGACAUGCUGUUUUGCUCACAGAGGCUGUGCACUCCUUCUUCAUCAUCGUAUCAUACCUUUCCUGCACCCUGCCUCUGACACUUCCCUCCAGGGCUGCCGUACCUUUCUCUUUUUCAGAUAUUCCCCUCUCUUUCUCCCUCCUCUCUGACCAUCUGAUUUCCCUUCACCAGAUCUAUCCAGAGUGAAGCUGAUGAGGUACGAGGACCCCGUGCUGGGGCCCCGCCGGGUGCCCGUCCUGGGACACGAGGAACGGGGCAAACUGCCUAUCUCUACUAAAUCUGUGUUCAACGUCAAUCUGGAGGAGAAGAGGGUGACUCUGGCUGACAACGGCCUCACAGUGGACAUCGGGGACACUCUGGUUUAUCUGGUCCAUUAGAGGAACUAUGAGUCUCCCAUUAAGACAAACACACACACAGGCACAAGGGGACACACUCUGCAGUGUUACCUCAGUAAAACGUUUGAAGACAUCAUAAAAAUGUUACAGCAGAGUGAGUAGUUUUGACUAAAAGCCAUAGAAUAAUGACUCAGAACAAUACUCUUACCAUUCACAUUCAUGUACUGCACAUUUUACUUCACAAUCAGAUUUGACAGGUACACAGGGCUUCAUUGUUACGCAGUGUUUCCCUGUUGAGUGUGAUCCAAGGGAAUAUCUGGAACAAAUGGGACUUUAAAAGUUUGUUUCUACUUUCCCUUUAGACACAGAUUUGCAGUGUAUUCAGCUUUAGUCUACACAACCGAGAUAGUUUGGGGUUUUAUAACCCUAUUUCACUGGAAUAGGGUCUUUAUACUUAAAUGGGGCUCUUUAAAGGUGCAGGAAAAACAAAACACAACCUUAAAAAUUUCCAGGAAAUGCUGUUUGGGUUCAUAAAACUGAGGUUUAUCUUUUGUUCAGUCCUUGUGAUCAGUUUAACUUUAUUUUGGCUGUUUGUCUUUGUGUCACUCUUCCUGUUUCACACAAUGCACAAAAGUAAGAAACCGACUGUACAAGAACGCUUUUAAAUAAAAGUAUUUUUGACAACAAUAAGCCGAUCUUUUUAUGUCUACAUUGCCUGCAUCGGGAAAUAAUGGCAUUGCUCACUGUAGUCUCCUGGACAUCUGUUGUUAACAUAUGUGUCUGCUGGUCUUACAUUAAAUGCAGAUAAUAUGGUUCCCUUGUGUUUUGUCAGCCUGUCAGACAGCUUUCUAUUUCUUUCUUCUGUUUUUCCAUGUAUGGUUCUCGUCUGACUUGUGUUUUUUCAGCAAAAUAAAACAGAUGGAAUACUCUGCCUCCUUA